GGCCGUUGGCGCCGUUGCCGUACCCCAGGAAGUGCCCCGACACUAGACAGCUCCCACUGCUCAUGGCUGAUCGUAUCCCUGCUGGUCCUGUUCGUCGCCAGUAGCGCAGGUAGACAGGUCAGAAAGUGCUGUGAGGGCACUACACGGCUCUUUCUUGGCAGAACUACGCGAAAGCCAGCGAGAUUACCCUCGCUGCCUCGUUCAGGGGUGUCUGGCUUCCCCCCCUUCAGAGGAGCCUGUACCUUGGAGACUGGGAUCUGUAGGCGGUCUCGAUCGACACCGACCACCUGGAUGUUGGUGCCCCUAUCUCUGUCGAUGGGGUAUGUUUCUAUCACUAGGAUAUACGGCCCCCCAGCCACCUGA